UGCUCAUAAGAGGAGACACGGGUGAGUCAGGGUGGCAGUAACUUAGGCUAACAGUUGCGUCUUCCACCUUAGCUAAACUCAGGCGUCAUGUGGAGCAAAAAAUAAUGAGCUCACUGAAAGUCACCCAGUGGUCGCUGUGAAGCGUCAGAUGCAAAUAGUUUGGGAAAAGAUGUGAAGGCGUCGGAAUGGCAGUUGACGGGGCAAAUAACGAAGCAGCGCUAACGGUACUGUUAACCCGUUAGGUCCGUGGCAGCUAGCUAACGCAGAGAGCCCGUGCUGUAACGUUAGUUACCCAGGUUGAGUCUGUGUUGGACAACAAAAGCAGACCGACGCACCUGUGGGGAUUUUGGGGAAAACUCAAGCAGGCACAUCACACCAGAAGACCACAGUCACAGUGGAUGUUUGUUUUAAGCAGCACAUGGCCUGUAUUCUGCUGACAGACAUGGACCCACCUACCUCCAGUCCUACAGCACAUUACAAUGGCCUUCCCUCUGACCUUGACCCAGUCACUAGACCUGACCCCAAGCAGGAUAUGGAGGCCACCUGCCUGACCGUCCGCCUUUACUACCUCGGGAAGGAUGGAGGAGGGGGCGGGCCCAACUGUUCAGAAAGUGUGCUUACGUUUCCACCUGGGGAGUACAUAGCAGAGGAUCUGUGCAUCAGUGCAGCGAAAGCAUGUGGGAUUGCGCCAGUGUACUGCAACUUGUUUGGCCUGAUGAGGGAGAGUGACCGAAUAUGGUUCCCUCCGAAUCACAUCUUUAAACUGCACCAGCCAGCCACUGAGAGCCUGCACUUCAGAAUCAGAUACUAUUUUCCUGGCUGGUAUAACAGCGGUAGUUCAAUGUACGCCCAUCGCUAUGGCAUGUCCAAGGGGAUGGAGAGCCCUGUGAUGGAUGAUUGUGUCAUGGCAUACCAUUUUUUCCAGUGGCGCAGCGACUUUCUGAACGGCUUGGUUACUAUUCCAGUGAGCCAUGAAGCCCAGGAGGAGUGUCUGGGCAUGGCGGUGCUGGACAUGAUGAGGCUCGCCAAAGAUAGUGGUCAGUCACCUGUAGAGAUCUGCAAUGAUACCAGCUACAAGUCCUUAUUACCUAAAUGCAUGCGAAGCCGCAUCCAAGAAUAUAACAUCUUGACUCGGAAGAGGAUCCGCUAUCGCUUCAAGAGAUUCAUCCAGCAGUUCAGUGAAUGCAAGGCCACGGUGUGUAACCUCAAGCUCAAGUACCUGAUGAGCCUGGAGAUGCUGCUGCCCUCCCUCUACUCUGAGCGCUUCCAAGUCACAGACCUCUCUGCACGCGAGGUUACUAUUGUCGUCAUGGGCAACAAGGGCAUCCUGUGGUCAAAAGGGAAAGAGGAGGAGGGAGCAGAGGAGGAGCUACAGACAUACUGUGACUUCCCAGAGGUGAUUGACAUCAGCAUCAAACAAGCUAAUAAGGAAGGCUCUGUGGAGAGUCGCAUAGUGACCCUCACCAGACAGGACAACCAGAUCCUGGAACUGGAGUUUAAUUCACUCUCAGAGGCUCUGUCAUUCGUGUCGUUAGUCGAUGGGUACUAUAGACUCGUUGCAGAUGCCCAUCAUUACCUGUGUAAAGAGGUGGCUCCGCCAAGACUUCUGGAGUGCAUUCAGAGCUACUGCCAUGGCCCCGUGUCGAUGGAGUUUAUGAUUGAUAAACUGCGUCGCUCUGGUAACCACCAAGGCCUGUACAUCCUCCGCUGCAGCCCCAGGGACUACGACAAAUACUUCAUGUCCUUUGUGGUGGGGUAUGAAAGUAUGGUGGACUAUAAGCACUGCCAGAUCGUGAAGACUGAGGCAGGAGAGUACAUUCUGAGUGGUGCUAAGAGGAGCUUUGGCUCACUCAGGGAACUUCUGCACUGCUACCAAAAGGAGGCGCUCCGCACUGAUGGAUACACAUUCCAGCUGACCAGGUGCUGCCCACCCACCCUCAAAGAUAAAUCCAACCUGCUGGUGUGUAGAAACAAUCAAGGUGCAGAGCUUCCACUGUCUCCCUCGCUCCACAAGCACAACAUCAGCCAGAUGGUCUUCCACAAGAUCCGAAAAGAGGACCUCGUCAUUAAUGAGAGUCUGGGCCAAGGAACUUUCACCAAGAUCUUUUGCGGUGUGAGAAAGGAGCUGGGUGACUACGGAGAGAUGCACCAGAUAGACGUUGUCAUCAAGAUCCUGGAUAAGGCUCACCGCAACUAUUCAGAGUCUUUCUUUGAAGCAGCCAGUAUGAUGAGCCAGCUCUCCCAUAAGCACUUACUCCUCAACUAUGGCGUGUGUGUUUGUGGAGAUGAGAACAUGAUGGUGCAGGAGUAUGGUAAAUUUGGUUCAUUGGACACCUACCUGAAAAAGAAUAAGAGCUGUGUUAACAUCACCUGGAAACUAGAAGUAGCCAAGCAGCUAUCCUGGGCUAUGCACUACCUGGAGGAUAAGAACCUCAUCCAUGGAAAUGUUUGUGCCAAGAAUGUUCUUUUGAUCAGAGAGGAGGAUCGGAUGACAGGCAGCCUGCCCUUUAUCAAACUCAGUGACCCGGGUAUCGGCAUCACCGUGCUGCCCAAAGAAGUUCUGGUGGAGCGUAUCCCAUGGGUGCCGCCCGAGUGCAUUGAAAACCCCCAAAACCUGAGUUUAGCCACAGACAAGUGGGGUUUUGGGACCACCCUAUGGGAGAUCUGCAGUGGGGGAGACAAACCACUCAGCACCCUGGACUGCUCCAAGAAGAACUUGUUCUAUGAGGACAGGCACCAGCUGCCGGCUCCUAAAUGGACAGAGCUGGCCAAUCUGAUCAACAGCUGUAUGGACUACGAGCCCUCACACCGACCCUCCUUCAGAGCAAUUAUCAGAGAUCUCAACAGUCUGUUCACACCAGACUAUGAGCUGCUGGUGGAGAGCGAUAUGGUGCCCAACAGGACAAGAGGCUUCGGCUUCCCGUGGGCCUCUGAAAGCCAGGAGACUGCCCAGUUUGAGGAGAGGCACCUCAUCUUUCUCAAGCUGCUGGGCAAAGGAAACUUUGGGAGCGUGGAGAUGUGCAGGUACGACCCCCUGCAGGACAGCACAGGAGAGGUGGUGGCCGUGAAGAAACUACAGCACAGCACAGCCGAGCAUGUCAGGGACUUUGAGCGGGAAAUCGAGAUCCUCAAAUCCCUUCAGCAUGAAAACAUUGUCAAAUACAAAGGAGUCUGCUAUAGUGCAGGACGAAGGAACCUGCGGCUGAUCAUGGAAUAUCUCCCCUAUGGCAGCUUGAGAGAUUAUCUCAUCAAACACAAGGACCACUUUGACUCCAAGAAACUGCUGCACUAUGCAUCACAGAUUUGUAAGGGUAUGGACUACCUUGCCAUGAAGCGAUACAUCCACAGAGACCUGGCCACUCGAAACAUUCUGGUGGAGAGCGAGAUGAGGGUGAAGAUCGGUGAUUUUGGCCUGACCAAGGUGCUGCCACAAGACAAAGAGUACUACACUGUCAGAGAGCCUGGGGAAAGCCCCAUCUUUUGGUAUGCUCCAGAGUCACUGACAGAGAGCAAGUUCUCUGUGGCAUCAGAUGUUUGGAGUUUCGGUGUUGUCCUCUAUGAACUCUUUACUUACAGUGACAAAAACUGCAGCCCACCAGCGGUAUUCAUGGAGAAGAUGGGAAAUGAAAAGCAGGGUCAGAUGAUCGUCUACCAUCUGAUAGACCUGCUCAAACAGGGAUAUAGGUUGCCUGCUCCUGAUAAUUGUCCAAAGGAGAUUCACAAGAUGAUGACUGAGUGUUGGAGCAGUGAACCGAGAAUGCGUCCUACUUUCAAGACAUUAAUCCACAGUGUGGAUUCUGUACGAGACAGCAAGGACGAUGAGCGGCAUUGAUCCCUGGAACCUUUGACCUUUUAGGUGUUGACUCCCGGGAGUCAGUGCUCACAGGUCUUAACAGAACAAUGAAUGUCUUGGUGAUGUCUGGGUUUACUGCAGUGAUGCGGUCUCAAGUAUCCCCCCCCCCUUUUGGUGCUCUGCGUGUCUGUCAGCUCAAAUAACAUGAGUGGUGACAUCCACUUUCUUUGCAGUUUACUCACUUCCACCUAUAGCCACACAAACUAUACAAAUGAUCAAUUAGUACACUACAUCGGACUCGGACACCAAACAAAACAUUUCUGAUGCCUUUUAAGAACAUUUCAGUAUGGGAUAUAUUAUUUUCUUUGUGUUAUUUCUACAUGUUUUGCUUUACAAAUGGAUUUAGACAAUAGCGUGUGGACUGGAGGAAAGAUUCGGUUCUUUAAGAAUUCACGAUGUUCUCUACUUUCAGUAAGUUGUGUUAAAUAUUUAAGCCUAAAGACAAUAUGCUCACUCCUUUUUGUACUUUUAUUUUUCUCAAAUGCGACCUAUUUUGUUUAACCAGAGAGGCCAGCCACCUGAAUACACACUUGAACUGAACCUCACUUUUAAGGAGACAGACUUUUUGCUUGAUAGUUUUCACGACUUGAUAAAGGACAGACGCACCAGCUAUACUUCUGUCACAAGGGGACCCACUAUGAACAUCUCUACAAGCGAGUCAGAUUUCUGCUGUCACAGUGGACGUGUGUUUUUGUGUGUGUUCCAGAUAUUCAUUGCACAUUGAGGAAGAUUCAGUGUUUUAUUCUGAGCCAGUGAAGCCUGUCUUAAGUGGUGUUCGUGUGCUAUGACUACACAUCUUUCCACACAAGAGAGGUCAGGCAUAACUCGCCUGUAGUUUGUUUACAUUAUUUUAUGCACAAACAAUGAAAUACAUUGGGGACACAGCAAUAACUGCUCAUUAUUAAUCUUGGAGAACUAGGUAUCUAGUAGUGUCAUCGUGGGCUCAUACAGUACCGUAUCAUUUUUGUUUUUAAAGGAAACUGGAAAUGAUGGUGUUGCCUGUAUAUAUUUUACAGUAUGACGUGUUGUAAGGCUGUACUAUCUGCUAUCUAAUGUGAAAAGUUGAAUAGUUUAUUUUGCUGAAAGGUGGAGAAAGGGUAAUGAAGGGAGUUCCUUUUAUUUUCGGCAGUUGAUGCAAACCUUGGUUUUAUUUAAAACUCAUUUGACUUUCGUUUAUUAUUUUUCCAUCCAUGUAAAUAUAUAUAUGUUGAAUGUGUGUGUUAUGAUGUGCAUUACUUUGUUGACCACAAAUGUAUCAGUGGUCACAAGGAGAUAAAAAAAACAAAACAACAACAACAAUUAUUUGAAUGUUUAAAACUUUAUGUACCAAAUGUUAAUGAUUGAAGGAAGCAGAGUUGGUCAAUAUUUGGAAUAGCUUUCUUUCUUUCUAAUUUUAAAAUGUCCUCAAGGUUGUUUUAUGCUGUAAACGGCAGGCCACAAACACGCACGUACAAAAUGUCACGACGGAUACCCUCUCGCUUUGCUAGGAAUGAGUCACUGUAAAGCCAAGAGACAAGUUUUCUCACUUACAAACAUACAGUGUGCCUAUGCGCUCCCACGCCCUCACCGCUGGGCAGUAUUUUUGUCUGGUGUGAAAGAGAGAUUGUCAGUUUCUUCAGAGUUGCUAUGUCUACAAUGGAAAAUGUUGGGUUUUUUUCAGAUUUUGUUGUAUGCGACUAUUAUUGUGAUAUGUGAAAGUCCAAAUGUGAUUUUGUGAAAUAUCAUUUUAUAUCCAGAGAUUUUCAGACAAACGGAUUUUUAACCAGAUUAAACUGGCGCUUCUUUCCAUUUAUUUUAAUUUGUUGCAGUGCGAAUGACGUGAUGGCUGGUUUUGUCAUGUGAUGGCAACCCACAGCUCCCUUUUUAAUACAUUUCGGUGUAAUUAGAUGUAAAUACUGAAAGAUGGAGUAUAUUCGUGGUGUGUAUACUUUUAUUAAACAACACAUACUGUAGUAUUAGACAUGAAAAUUGUACUUGUCAAUCUCAGUGUGGCUUCACAUUAAAGUUCAGUCAAACAGUUAA